AUGAAUACCACCAACGUUCUCUUCCAGGUUGUAAUCUUCCUCCUCACCAACUUCGUAUUGUUCAUAUCCUCGGCGUCAAUUCCGACACAAUGUAAUAUACCAAACGACUUGAAAGUUCAAUACGAGAAACUAUCCAGCGCAGCGAUCGGUAAUAACUUUUUCAUACCAGCUGAAUUAGCUCCAGCGGGAAGUGACCAACAAGAACUGACCGAAGGGAAUAAAACUUGCCCAACAUCUUCUGUAUCUACUGAUAUCAUUCGCGAGCGUUCAACCUGCCCAUGGUACCUAAAAAUUACACACAAUUCGACAUAUUUUCCUCCAUCACGAACAGAUGUCGUUUGUCGCUGUUCAGACUGUCUCGACUCUGACGAUAACCACCAAUGUGUGAUGGUAUAUACUCCAAUGACUGUCCUGGAACAUACCGGUGAAUGUGUUGAUGGACUGUACGUUUAUAAACCAAGUGUCAUCGAUGUAGCCACAGCCUGUGUGUGUGCACGGAAAAUCAAUAUAAUACCCGAAGAAAAGGACUAAUAUGAGUCAUAAUAUCGGCCAAAAUCAUCAAACAUUCAAUUGUGUGUAACGCAAAAGUUUUUCAUAAUGUUAUGGAAGUUUCAGUAAACCA